AUCUCACAGAAUAAUUCUAAUAAAUACAGAAUAAUUCUAAUGAAUGCAAAUUGAUUAAUGUUGAUUUGAUUGUGUUUUCUACUUUAGAUUAUUCUGUUGGAUUCUUUCUUUCAACAGAGUACAAUUCCUUUAUUCAUUUUCAUCUCGUCUUUCUAUAUUUAAACUUGCCGAUUUUGGGGGAAACGAGAAAAAAAGGAAACUAAACAAAAUUCACAUUUAAUUGCGAGAGAUCUUUGGAGAAAAUGUCGAAAUCGCCAUGGGGAAUCGGCGCCUGGGCUGCCGAGACCGAGAGGGAGGAGGCCGAGCAGCGAGAAGCCGAGGAGAAGGCGGCCGCUGGCAGUUUUCCCAGCCUGAAGGAAGGCGUGAGCACAGCCAAGCAGAAGAAGAAGACGAAGAUGACUCUACAGGAAUUCAGGGUUAUGCCGUCCCAGGGCCACGGCCUGACGCCGGAGGAAAUGCUCCGCCUCCCGACGGGGCCGAAGGAGCGGUCGGCGGAGGAAAUGCAGCACGGCAGAUUGGGCGGCGGGUUCUCCAAUUACGGGUCUAAUUCGGGCCGGAGGGAGUUUGAGGGCCGGAAAUCUUAUGGAUUUGAGGAUGAUGGGUGGAGGCAGCAACCUAGGGUUUCGGAGUUCGAUCAGCCUUCGCGAGCUGAUGAGGUGGAUAAUUGGGGGUCGAUGAAGAAGCAAACUGCCCUGCCGGAUCACGAUUCGCGCGAAUCUAGGGUUUCUGGCAAGUACAGCCCACUUGGGGGUGCGUCGCGUGCCGAUGAUGUGGACAAUUGGGCGUCUAUGAAGAAGCCUGUGUCACAGCCGAGAAAUUCGAGCUUUGGCUCUAGGCCCGAGACUGAUCGUUGGGCCCGGAAUGAGAGCUUCGGGUCUCGGAGUGAGCAAAAUCCCAGUUUGAGUUUGAGUUCGCCUAAAAUUGAGGGUGUGGAGGGGGUAAAGGUUAACAAGCCGAAUCCUUUUGGGGCGGCGAGGCCAAGGGAGGAAGUGCUGGCGGAGAAAGGGUUGGAUUGGAAGAAGAUGGACUCAGAUGUUGCAGACAAGAAGCAAUCGGUUAGUGGUGGGAGUAGGCCCACAAGUUCGCAGUCGAGUAGGCCGGAGACUCCGCAGUCGAGCAGGUCGGAGGCGCCUCCUUCACUGGGUGAAGCUGUAAUGAGGCAGAGACCGAAAGUAAAUCCGUUCGGGGAUGCCAAGCCUAGAGAAGUUAUGCUGGAGGAGAAGGGCCUGGAUUGGAGGAAGAUUGAUCUCAAGUUGGACCGACGUGUGAACAGGCCUGAGGCAGAAAAAGAGAAAAAUCUGAAGGAAGAAAUUGAGCAACUGAAAAAGGAAUUGCUGCAAAAAACUAGUGAAGAACAAGCUGGUGUGCAAGAUCAAAUACAUAAAAAGGAGCAGGAGUUGGAACUUCUGGUCUCUCAGUUGGAUGACAAAGUUCGCUAUAGUCAAAGAAAUUUUGAGAGGCAAAGCCCUGGAGCUGUUCGGGGUGCUGGCUUUAAUGACAGACCUCCUUCUCGAACCGGAUCAUAUGAGGGUAGAUCCAACUUUCAUGACAGGCCUCCUUCUGCGCCUGGACAAUAUGAAGGCUAUCAAGAGAGACCUCCAUCUCGUCCAGGUGCAUACGAGGAUUCAAGAGCUGGCUUUGCUGAGAGACCUCCUUUUCAACCUGAGGCGCAUGAAGAUCCUGAAGCUGGGUUUAAUGAAAGACCCCAUUCGAGGCAGGGAGCCUAUGAAGAGAACAGAUCUUCCUAUUCUCAGAAAGCUUCUUACACAGAUAGAUCAUAUCAAGAGCCCAGAUCUAUAGAUGGCAAUGAAAGGCCUCGUUCACGCGGCUCUGUGAAUUCAUGGGCAAGACCAAGUGACGACAGAAGAUAUUUUCAAGGAAGUGGAGGCAGAGUAUUUUCAGGCAGCAGAGAUGUCGACAGGUCAGGGUCGAGGUGGUGAACUCCCAAACCCGAUUCUCCUAGGACUCAAUUUCUUCCGGUCGUUCUUUGCUCGCUCUCUGACUAGUUAGAUGCAAUAAUACAUUGGCACCCCUGUUCCUCAUUUCAUGAUUUUUGCUGUGAGGAAUGGAGCUGGAAAAUCCAAAUUCUGAUAACAUACAACUCUAGCAUUAAUUGUUGUUGCAUUUUGAUGAAGUGUAAAAUCCUCAUAUCCCCUCCCCCUUUUUUGUUUCUGUCAUUUUGUAGUGGGAUCAAAUUUCCAUCUUCUCCAAAAAAAAGGGACAUUAUAGUGCAUAACCCUCGGAAUAUACUUAUUUGUUUGUUUACAGUGUUCCUAACCUCAA